AUGUUUCUGUUUAUACAUAAAGUACAAGGCUAUGAGGCAGAUGAAAAGACUUAUAAUGAUGCGCUUUUCCGAUAUAGUGGCACAGUAGGAUUAUGGAGAGGGUGUAUCACUGUACCCAAAAACACACAUUGGUAUGCUCCACCAGAAAGGACAGAGUCAUUUGAUGUGGUGACAAAAUGCAUGAGUUUCACAUUAAAUGAGCAGUUCAUGGAGAAAUUUGUUGAUCCUGGAAACCAUAAUAGUGGAAUUGAUCUACUUCGGACCUAUCUUUGGCGGUGUCAGUUCCUUUUACCUUUUGUUAGUUUAGGUUUGAUGUGCUUUGGGGCUUUGAUUGGACUUUGUGCUUGUAUAUGCCGAAGCUUGUAUCCCACAAUUGCCACAGGCAUUCUCCAUCUCCUUGCAGGUUUGUGUACACUGGGCACAGUAAGUUGUUUCGUUGCUGGAAUUAAACUACUCCACCAGAAACUAGAGCCGCCUGAGAAUUUGUCUGGUGAAUUUGGAUGGUCAUUCUGCCUGGCUUGCGUUUCUGCUCCUUUACAGUUCAUGGCUUCUGCUCUGUUCAUCUGGGCUGCUCACACCAACCGGAAAGAGUACACCUUAAUGAAGGCAUAUUGCGUGGCAUGAACAGACCUGCUUUACAUUUGCCGUUUUAAUAUUUUUGAUAUCUAUGUUUUCCCUUGCAUCCCUCCCAAAUGUUUUAUUUUUUAUUUUUUUGUGGAUAUACCAUUUUAUCCUGAAAAUCCAUUUUAUUUAAAUACACACACAUGACUAAAUAUACAAUAAAUGCCACUAAAAUUUA